GUCCACGCUCGCAGCUCUAAAGAACGACCGCUCGGCCUAGCUACGCGCGAAUUUUCCGAACGCGUUUCAAAAUUUGAAUUUCGAACUUUUUAUUCUUUCCCCAAUUCGGAAAUUUGCCAGUAUUUUCAAGUGAAUUCUAAUCCCAACUGUCAUUCUCAAGUUAUUUUUUUUUACGGCGAUAUGGUAAACAAAGAUCAUAGACAUUGAUAAGGCUGUACUUGCCGCCUAAAAAUAAACUGUCUACCCUCACUGGCUAUAAGAAAGUGCUGAUGACUGAAUAAAAAUAAAACGCGGAUUUCCAAUAUGGCGCUAGGAAAUAUUAGACUUAUGUUUAAAGGAUGUGUACAUUUAAUUUGUAUUGCGUGUUUAAUAGUUCGGACAGAAUCGACUGAAAGUGAAAUAGUGCUAGUGAAUGAACUAAAUUACUCUAAUAAAACUUUAAACACAAUUGCCGAAGAGAUCUGCAAUACUUUCACGGCGCCGGACGACCCAGUAUGUUUAUCUAACUGGCUAAGUCCGCCGAUGCUACUUGCUCUACCCUCAGAACUCAAUAUCACAAAGUUGGAGAAAGAAAUCUAUUAUGAAAUAACACCUUCAGAAUUUCUGCAAGCCGUUGUAAUGAUUUCUGAUGACGAGAGUCAUGUUGUACAACAUCUCCUGAUACCACCAUCACGCAACGAAAAGGUCUGGUUAAACUGCACUCAAAACUACACAUUCUGGACAGCAGCUGUCGUCGACAAUGGAACCCAUUCUCCUUGGUUGCAGGGUCCAAAGUUACUUGCAAGGAAUUCCACCCAUAAACAUGAGCAAAGGAAAAAUUAUACUGUCCACGUUGAUAGAGAUUAUAGUGAGAUGUUGACAUGCAACUGCUCUAAUGUUACUUUUGCUUGGAAAAUCAAUAAUGAAUUGGAUAGAUCCUUCAGAGUAAUCAAUGACUGUCCUACAACCAACAUUCGCACCGAAGAAGUCAUUAUAUCUAAGCCUGGAGAAACAGAAAUGACGUAUUCCCAAGCCGUAUCCUUGGGGAGCAAAUGUUUCUUCACAGUCUCCGGCUGUGGCAAGGGCGGACUUCAGUACGACAUAGAACCACAAGCAGUCAAGAACAUCACAUUGCUUUCUGUUCCCAAUGGAGAUGCGUGGGACGUUGUCGUCAGCUGGUUGCAGCCGAAACACAGUCCUGACCGAUACCGCGUGGAGCUUCAAGUGGGGGAGGAGGAAUACAAGGUCAAUGUGUCUGGGAAAGCUACAGAAAUGACAUUCUCCGAUGUGAUAGACUAUGGAUUGUACGACUUCAGUGUGUCAAUAUGCGCUUUCAAGGGCCCAGUCUGUAUGCACGAGAGCAUCCGCGGGAUUUUUCCUCGUGGACAGGUGGCCUCUAGCUCAGUGCCGGUACUAGGGUCUCUCCUGGCCGUCCUCUUGUUGGCAACCAUGCUAUUGAGCGUCGUCGUCUGGCGGCGACGCCGCGUUAAUAAGGCGAAACUGCUGUAUUUUGAGGAGGAUCCAGAGGACUUCCCGAAGAAGCUGUUCCCUGAGAUAAUCAGCGACCUGCCAGUUACCGAAGACAGUUGGGAGAUUCUUCCAGAGAAGUUACAGCUACACGAAGUUAUAGGCGAGGGCGCUUUCGGUGUGGUGCGGCGGGGGACCCUAAUAGCUCCUGGCAAGGCAGUUGCGGUUAAAAUGCUAAAAGAUUACCCAUCCAGAGACGAAGUGCGAUCUUUCCGCGCCGAGACAGAGUUGAUGAAAAGUGUCGGAGCCCACCCUCACGUGGUCAGCCUUGUCGGCUGCUGCAGUGGACGCAGGCCUCUCAUAGUUGCUGAGUACUGCAGUCGUGGGGAUCUACUCUCCUACUUAAGGUGCUCAUGGGACGUGAUGAUUUCCAAACGCAACGCCAAAUAUUGCAACAACAACUUCGAAACCUCCAACUACCGAAACGAUCUCUUCAAGCCUCACGAACACUCCAAACUGGUCGUCAAUAAAAUGUACGACCUCAAUGGAGUCUGCAACACUGAGCUGACUUACGUGGACUUGCUGUCUUUCUGCCGUCAGAUAGCCAUGGGAAUGGAAUUCUUGGCUUCAAACAGAGUGGUUCACAGAGACUUGGCAGCUAGAAAUAUUCUUGUAACCAGCGACAGGACUCUGAAGAUAGCGGACUUUGGAUUGUCCAGAGACAUUUAUCAGGAGAAUCAGUAUAAGCAGAAGGGCAACGGAAAGAUGCCCGUCAAAUGGAUGGCUUUGGAGUCUUUGACACACAGGAUAUAUACAACGCAGAGCGAUGUCUGGUCAUUCGGCGUGGUUCUGUGGGAGGUGGUGACGGUGGGCGGCGCGCCGUACGCUGAUGUGGCGGCCGCGCGCUUGCCGCGUCUGCUGCGAGCUGGCUACAGAAUGCCGCGGCCCAACGCCUGCAGCAAACAGCUUUACGACCUGAUGCUGGCAUGCUGGCAAGCGCGGCCGCGCGACCGACCUACCUUCGCCGAACUACACAGCGAGUUGGACGCCAUGUUGCAUUGUGCCUGUGCUGAACAAUACCUAGCUCUGGACCUGGACAUGGAACUCAAGCCUGAAGAACCGAGAAACGUCUAUAUGAGGAUUAUGGAGUUUGCAAGAGGCAAGCGUCGUUUCGGGUCCGGCUACGCCUCACCGCUGCCUCGAACGCACAGCAACCACUACUCCUCGCCUCCUGCGCCUAACAAACCGCCAAGUAUCAGUGUCAGUGUACCGUUGUGUUCUUAAACUCUCAAUAGCUACCUACCAUCAGAGUCCUUUGUGCUCCUAAACUCUCAUUACCGACAGACUCAGAGACAAGCGAUGCUUCAGCGGGCUAAGCCACUGCCUCGAACACACAGCAACCAUUACUCUUCGCCUCCUGCGCCGAACAAGCUUCGGAGUAUCAGUGUCAGUGUACCGCUGUCCCCUUAACUCUCACUAGCUACCAUCAGAGACCGUUGUGCUCCUAAACUAUCAUUACCGACAGAACGCCUUGAACGUACAGCAACCUCUACAGAUAUUUCCGACAGUUCCACAAAUUUCCCACAUUCUAUACAGCCAGAUCAUGAGCGGGGAGGUAGGGUCGAGUUGCCAAUGGACAUUGAGAAAGCAAUAGGUCUUACAAAUUCCAGGGUGUGAGAGUAAAUAAGUAUAACGUCCUUCCAAUGGUGAACCGUGCCUAGCAAAACUAUUUUGGGAUGGUAUGUAAUCGGCGCUUACCUUUAAAGACAGACUAUCAC